CGUGGCUCAUUUGUGUCACAACAACGACACGAGCGACACCUAGAGGCCAUCACUGACCGCUGCAGCUCUACCGUGAGCCUCUGAAGAGCGAGGAAGGAGUUAAAGUCCAAAAUCCUCUUAGAGCUCUGGUGGUUACACUUUAAAUGACCUAAUAGGUCACAUGGUCGGAAACCAGCGUUGAACUGGGGCGGAUUCCUGUGUCCGAGCAGAACAACAUGGACUUCAUGUCAGACCGUGAUGUGCAGAAGUACACGGAGGACGGGUACGUGGUUCUUGACGGGCUGCUGACCCCCGACGAGUGUGAUGAGCUGAGGCAGAGGAUGGCGGAGAUCGUGGACCAGAUGGACGUGCCGGAGCACUGCCGCACCACCUUCUCCACCGUUCACGAUGAGCAGCUGAAAACACAGGGAAACACUGACUAUUUUAUCACCAGCGGAGAUAAGAUACGCUUUUUCUUUGAGAAAGGAGUUUUUGAUGACAAAGGUGAAUUCAUCAUUCCAAAGCAGCGAUCACUGAAUAAAGUUGGUCACGCUCUACAUGCCUAUGAGCCUUUGUACAAAAAAGUUACACAUUCAACCAAAGUUCAGGGCAUCGCCAACAAGCUGGGUCUCAUAAAUCCUGUGAUACUGCAAAGCAUGUACAUUUUUAAGCAACCAGGAAUAGGUGGAGAAGUGACACCUCAUCAAGACGCCACAUUUCUGUACACGGAGCCUCUGGGCAGAGUUAUGGGGAUGUGGAUCGCUCUGGAAGACACCACUCUGAACAAUGGCUGUCUGUGGUUUAUUCCUGGGUCCCAAAACAGUGGUAUCUCUCGGCGUAUGGUGCGUACCACAGAGGGCACCUCCAACCUGACAGACUUCAUCGGAAAAGAGAUGACGCACAGUGCAGAGAAGUUUAUUCCUGUACCUGUUAAAAAAGGUGGCGUGGUCCUGAUCCACGGUGAGGUGGUGCAUCGCAGUGCUGAGAACAAAUCAGAGGACUCUCGCCACGUGUACACCUUCCACAUCAUGGAAUCCCAGGACACCCGGUGGAGCCCCGAAAACUGGCUGCAGCCCACUGAAGAGCUUCCCUUCCCUCCGCUCUACACCAAAUGAAAGACAUCGGGCUGCACAGACACAAGAUCCUGUCUGUCCUGAAGAGCGACCAACAUGUAUGAACAGUUUAAAGCAUAGCUCAUGUGCUCAUGGCUGGUUUUUAAUCUUCCAUGACACCAUGUGUUGCUCUGAGCUGCGUGUAGAUUAUAGACCAUAAUGACGGCUUGUGGCCAAAUACUGAAUGAUUUCAACAGAAAAUGUGAAUUUUUUUGAAUGGACUGAGAAAUGAAUUUCAAUUGAACCAUUUUUUAAAAAAUACAACUGAUCUUUAGAUCUGCUUUUAUUCAGAGUCUUCUCAUCAACAGUUUCACCAAUCAGCAUUUCUCUUGUUCAAGCUCAUUUUACUUUUCAGAUUUGUGUCAAGAAGAUGGCAGAUUCCUAUUUUUACAGACAAGCAGUCAGAAUUUCUACUUUCAAGUAUGUUGAUUUUAAGACGCAACUCAAUAGAAAAACAUCUUUAAGUAUGAAUCAUUAUAAACAACAUCCAAAAUUCUUUAGAUACAUUUGAAAUCAAACUGAGACACCAAAGGGUUAAUGUUGACAUCUCAUUGACAGGUUCCUCCUCUCAAUCCUCACACCAGCAUUAAAAUAAUGGACUGAAAAUUGGAGGAAUAUCACUUUUAUCUUUCUCUCUGGACUCACUUAACAUGCAAUAUUACAUUUUUCAAAACAGAAGGAUGAUGGCAAAAACAAUAUACUAGAAGAAUCAUGCUCAUAAACCGUCAUCACAUUAAAAAAGAACUCUUACAGAUGAAUGGAAACUAAAUUCAUUCUGAAAACACAUUUCAGGUUCUGAACUGAUGCACCUUCAUCUCAGAAUGAUGACAUCAAACACUGACUGUAUGUAAAGAUGAACAACGAUUGCCCCCUGGUGGCUGGAUGCAGUACGGGGUCAUAAACUUAGCCUCCAUGUUAGUACAUGGGACAGGGGGCAAACUUAAAAAGUCAAAUAAUUAUUUCAAAGAUGGUUUCUGUCACUUUAGGUAGUUCUCAGUUACUUGAUGCGAUUAAAAACUGGGUGAAACAUCA